CACUCGCGCUCCGCCUCCUUCCCCGGCCACUGUCUCCUCCCCUCCGAGCGGCGCCGCGGUCUCCCUCCAGCCUCUUUAUCAAGUUAUCACCAUUCACUCGGCUCACGGGACCACGAGAAGACCUCCCCGCUUCGCUACGAUGUAUUGGUGUGUCGUGUUACUGAGUCUCGCCGCCGCUGGGGCACAACAGCAACAGGAAGCCAAUGCUGUUGUAGAUUUCUCAGAUGACACGUUCGCCGAGUCGGUCCCUGCCAAGCCGCAUUUCGUGAUGUUCUAUGCCCCGUGGUGUGGCCACUGCAAGAGGUUAAGUCCCACAUGGGAUGACCUUGGGAAGAAAUAUAACACAGAUGAGGCUGAGGUGGUAAUAGGAAAGGUAGAUUGCACCCAGCACACUGCCCUUUGCUCCUCCCAGGAUGUGACUGGCUACCCCACACUGAAACUAUUUGGGAAAGGUGUCCAAAGUGGCAUCAAGUACAGAGGGCCUAGAGACUUAGCCUCUUUGGAGAAGUUUAUUGCAGACCAGGUUGGCACAAGUGUGGAGGAUGGUGCGGAAGCAUCCGUGCCUGAAGCUGCGAUGGGCCUGGUGGAGUACACAGAUGCUACGUUCAAAGCUUCUGUUGGACAUGGCAAACAUUUCAUUAAGUUUUAUGCUCCCUGGUGUGGACACUGUCAGAAACUUGCUCCAGCCUGGGAGGCUCUAGCUCACUCCUUUGAGCAUGAUAAAUCAGUAACCAUUGGGAAGUUAGACUGCACUCAGCACCAGUCCAUCUGCACAGAGUUUGAAGUGAAGGGCUACCCAACCCUCCUCUGGAUUGUUGAUGGCAAAAAGGUCAAGAAAUAUGCUGGAGACCGAAGCCAUGAUAGCCUCAAGGACUUUGCAGUGACCUUAUUAGGGCAGGAAGAGGAGCAGGAUGGAGGCCAGAAGCAACAAAAGGAUGAGCCUCAACCCCCCGUUUUAAUUCUCACUUCAGAGAACUUUGACAAUGCCGUCCAGAAAGGAUACAGCAUGGUUAAAUUCUUUGCUCCAUGGUGUGGCCAUUGUAAGCGCAUGGCUCCCACUUAUGAUGAACUUGGUCGGAAGUUUGUUGGUAAUGAUAAGGUCAAGAUAGCAAAGGUGGACUGCACACAAGAAGUGAACCGAGGGCUUUGCAGCGAACAAAAUGUGGAUGGCUUUCCAACUCUAUUCCUGUACAAGGAUGGAAGCAAGGUCAGCGAAUACAAUGGGGACCGUUCUCUCAAUGACAUGGUCAACUUCAUCAGUAGAAACCUGGAGCAUGAUGAACUUUAAAUUUUAAAACCCCGAGAAGCCAGCUGCCUCCUGCUCAUUUUGCUCUUCAGAAUGAAAAUUGUAUUGGGUUUAGACAUCAGUUAAGCACUUAUCAUUUCCUUUAGUUUGUGUAUCCCCACAUAAAAAAACUUUCAUGCAAUUUAGUACAUUUUAACUCUCCAUAGAGUGCCCUUAAGGGAGUGGGACUUGGCAGCUUGUGAAAUGCUUUUAAUAGACACAAGAACCUGUUCUUCCCUCUUUAUGAUCUUAAUAAAUUAUUUUUUUCAAAUUUUGUUGUGGCCUAAAUGGUUUUAUGAGAUUCUUAGUGGCCUAAAUAGUUUUAUGAGAUUCUUAGUCAAUUAUUUUUUUUGUUUUUAAUCCGGUAGCUGCGGGGAUCAUUUUUCUUAAAGGCCCCUCUAAGCAAAUUUAUGAGAAAAAAUCAUCACACGCAAACCAUUUUAUUAUAAUAUUAUGUAUCAAUGCAUUUGUGAUCAGUUUAUGUAUCCUCUAUUUUGGGGGGUUCAUGUCAAGGCAAGAAUUUGGCUCUUCGCUGGUAUGUAGUAAAGCCACAAAUUUGGCCCGUCGCUGCUACCGGGUUAAAGUUAUGACAGUUGUGGUAUAAACUUUUAUGAUUAGUUUUAAAAAUAUUGCAAAGGAACCUUUAGUUAACAUUGUUUCAAAUGGGGAUGUUGUAGGAUAUAUUAUUAGACAUUUAUUUGUAAUUUUAACUUGUUGACCAGGGCAUCCUGUUGAAAAGUGUGUGGAAUGAAUAUUAGUGACAGUGUAAAGCACAAUAAUGAAUGUAAGGCACUGAAAUGGAUGUGACUUAUGUGAGUUAAUAUAUGUGAAUUAAAAGUCAAGUGUGAGCCUAGAGUUUGAAAUACGUGGUUAAAUCAUAUGAAAGAAACAUUGAGUGCAGAACAUAAUUUUGUGUAACAUGGUAACACCUCCUCAUGUUACAUUUCAUUUCAAGCUUGAUUGAACCCAAGCAUACUGAUCACCAUCUUCAGCUGCAUUCUCAGCAUAAUCAUGAGUAGUAAUGCUCUUCUAUUUAAGAUCUUGUAUGGUUUACUGAAACCUUUGAUAUAAUAUUGAUCAUACAUUUAUUAGCUGUUAUAUGUGCAAAUGUGUAGUAUUUACUUAUAGAAAUAUGUAUGUUAUGUUGCAUCAUCCAGAUUUACAAUGUGUUCCCACUUUUUUAAUGUAGAAGUGAUUCCUCCAAGAUGAAACUGCCUGAAGUAUACUUAUGCUCCAUCAUAUAACAUAUGUAUACAGCAUAGUUGUUGGUUGAUUCUGAUGUUUGUUAGAGUUCCAUUUGUUGGAAAGGCAGAUUUCUUUACAGUGGGUAGUAAUGAACAGUGAAAGGUCCAGACCAUUACUAGUAGAGAGCACAUAUUACUCAGGAGUGGACUACUGAAUGGAGUGUAUUGUUAUUGUUUUGAAAAGUGUCAUUCCUGAGACAGUUAUGAUGUGGAUUAAUGUAGAUACAGUAGGAUCUUGCGAAUAAUGAAUUCCAAAAUAAUGUUUUCUACAAUAAAGAGAUUUUAGAAGAAAUACCAAGUUUCUAAAAUAACAUGAAUUCUUUCAAGUAAUUAUAUUUACUGGAACGUGUUGAGUGCAUCUUGGAUAUUGUUUGCUUGCUGCCAUCUUGAUGUCACAGUUGUUCGACUUGCACCCUGCUCAUGCCCAAGGAUACAUGUAUUAAGAGUGUAUUUGUGCCACUACUCCUGGACUUAGCCCAUUUUUCUAUUAUGAUUAUGAUGGCACUAAAGUACUUAAAAGUUGAAACCACAUAAUGCAAUAACGUAUGAGGUGUGGGUGACCUGACUUCAAGCAAGGACAAGAGACUUACUAAUGAUAGUUCAAUGAGCAUUGUAUUAUCCAUAAUGCAUCAUGAGUUAUCUGUGACUCCUGAACGAAAUGUAAAUACCGCAUUGAUUGGUAUCCUGUCAGUUCAUUGCACUAAUCAGCAUAAUACAACCAUUGCCACAGUUUGGCCCUUGUGCACUCUACAGUUUGGGCACCCAUCAACGCUGUGUUGCAUUGGGACUCACAGAUGACAGCUUGAUGCAUUGUAUUGUCUCUUAUCAUUGGUUGUGGCCAGUGGUGGGCAUGGUUCUGCUAACAGCUAAUUAGCGAAGCUAAUGUUUUCGUUAGCUGAUUAGCGUUUUUGCUAACUUUGGAAACAGCGGACCAAUUAGCUUCUGCUAAAUGUAGUUCCUCCUCCGCUAACUUUAAGUUCACUAAAAAAUCAUACAGGUUUGUUCUUAUCCAUUGUGGGCAGACACAGCACCAGUUGAGCUACAUGGCGCUAUAAUUUCAGGGCUUCCACUUUUGAGUAAAUUACACUUUAAAGUAAGGUAAUUGGACAAUUUGGAAAACUUUUUGGCAUUUUAGGGUAAUGCAUCUUCCAUUUCCAACUCUUUGAACAAGGAAUUUAAAAACAAGAAUUCAAUAUUUUCCACCUGACAAGAAAAAGAAAUUUCAGGUCACUUGGUCUGUUUUUAAGGGUUUUAGAGCCAGAAUACUAAACCAAAGCUAACUCCAUAUGAAAAGAUAGUGGUUAGCGUUAGUUUUCACUAAUUUCUUACCAGUUUAGCGGCUUAGCGUAAGUGAAGCUAACUUUUUAGUUAGUGGAAUAUCAGUUUCGCUAACUUUUCGGUUAGCGGUGCCCACCACUGGUUGUGGCCAGGUCACCCAAUGUUCUUGUGCUCAGAGGUUUAAGAUGAGUGUAUGCUGUUGUGUAAUAUUUUUGCCUCUAUAACCAGAAGUUGUAAGGGUAAAGUUUUGAUGAGUUUGAUGACGUGCUGACUGAACCAGGUGAGCCAGGCACACAAGGCCAGAGUUGGGACGAGGCAAGCAGUAUGCAUCUGUACUCUUCAUGAGCAAGCCUUAGAAUAAUCAUAACACCAAACACCUCAUUAACUCCCCUAUGACGAGUUUCACUUUACUCAUGUGGAUUCAAUAAAGAUUCUUAUUAUUUCAACUAGAUGAAAGUAGUAGUGACAUGGGGAUUUAAAUGGGAGAAAUGGGUGAAAGUUCUGUGGUACUGGCACCAAGUAACUCUUUAUACACAUUUUUGUUAUUAUUUUCUUCAUGCUGCUCAUAAUGCCAGUAAGCUCUCUUGUGGGGUUUGGUGGAUGGUCUCAGCUCGUUAUUGGUGUGGGUGAAUUUUAUUUUAAGUGGCUGCUGUGAUAUAUAACUCUUGUUUAGUCCAUGCUGCCUUGGUGCUCCUCUUGACCAAAGUUGCUGAAGUUAGGGUUCAUUGACAAUCUUCACAACAUGACCACUCACCAAUGGUUGAAAAUUGUUAGCAUUGGGACUUGAACCUGAGUCUACAGGAUCAUAAUGUCUCACUAACCACACAGCCACCGCCUUCCAAUUGACGUUUUUGUUAAUAACGUUUGUGUUCAGGGCAGAGAUCCUACUGUAUGUAGUUUAUCAGAUCAAGUGCCAGAAUUAAACUGAUUGAUUUCUUUACUCUCGAGGGCAAUAGAGCUGUGUAAUAAUUUCUUGGUCAUUAGAUAGUCAAUGAUCUGUGAUUAUUAAUUAUAUAACAUUUAUGACACUUGACUCAUGAAACUAUAUGUUGGUCUUUAAUGUUUUAAAGUUUUAUGUAUGCCAUGUAUAAGGCUGUCACAUAAAACAUACCACUGGAGUAAGUCUUGGCAUUGUAUAAAUGUUAUAUGAACUUAUCAAAUUUUUUCCUAGAUAAUUAUUUUAUAAGUUGACUUUGCUAUUGAGUUGCUGUUCUAUGUCAUUGCAUCCUUUUUUAUUUCAUAAUAGGGCAUUAGUGUCAUUUAUCACUGACAUGUUAUAAGAUAUUAUUUAGGGUAUCCACUGUAAUUCUAGCAACAUUGUGUCCCUCUGUUUAAAUGCCGCCACAUCUGCAGGAUUCAUAAGGUAUCUUCAAACAUACUUAUCAACAGACUUAGUGUUUUCCAGAUACUGUGCACAGAAAAUGACCAGUAUCUGCUCUUCCACCACCUUCACAUCCCUGAAAAACUACUGUAUGAAGAUGUAAUGUUUAUCUUUCACUAAUGUUUGCUUAAUGUGGGUAUCUGUUUUAUCUCAAGUAAUGUACAAUGAAUAUUAUAGGUUUCCAAAAUGUUGUUCAAAGUGGCAUAUGUAAUAGUGAAUUGACUUUUAUAAUGGUGAGAUUUGAUAUUUUAAUAUGGAUAAAAUUUGAUAUUUUUGUUUGUCAGCAAGGGUGUCAUCACCAGGAUUUUUUUGUACUUAAUUAGUUGAAUAGAAAUACUACUAUUACUCAACAAGUAGUACAUGUACCACUAAUAAAAUUACAUUUACCAAGAAAGGAAAACUAUAUUAAUGUAAAUUUUGCUACAAAAUGUACAGUUACUUGUUAAAA